GUUUGUUUCACCAGAACAGAACACCAGAACAAAUGAAGGCAGUUCUGUCUGAGGAUUUCAAGGAACGCACAGAGGAAGCAUACGACAUCUAUCUGCUACCGCCAGGCGAGGAUCCUGAAGCGUGCCAAUCAUACCUCAGAAUGAGGAACCGGGAUGGAAAAUACAAUCUCAUGUUUGAGGAGUGGGUUACAGAUCGUCCAUUUAUUAUAUCACCCAGAAUAACUUUUGAAGUCAGCGUUCGACUUCUGGGAGGAUUAAUGGCAUUGGGUUAUACCAUUGCAACAAUCUUGAAGAGAAAAAGUCAUAUCUUUGAUGAUGAGAAGGUUAUUGUGAAGACUGAUUGGUUGGAACAACUGAACCGGACAUACGUUCAGGUACAAGGUAGAGACCGUUCCUUCGUCGAAAAUGUGGCCAACGAACUCGGAUUGGAAGGUUCAUAUUGUCCACAUACAUAUAUUGAACAGAUACAGCUGGAGAGGCUUGUGAAUGAUGUUAUGGCUUUGCCAGAUGACUUGAAGACAAAACUCAGCUUAGAUGAUGAUACAGUUUCUAGCCCUAAAGAAGCCCUCUCAAGAGCGUCUGCUGAUAGUAAAAUGAAAUAUCUUCACGGUUAACCUCUAAUGCCUUCUCCUUGAUUGGCUUAUUUUGAGAAAGUGACGGGAUCUAAGAAUAAAGACAACAUAUGUUACGUCAGGGAAUCUUCUGACUUGUGUAUUGAUGCACAUUUUAACAGCGGUGUGUCAAAGUCAUACACAAAUCAAAGACACAAAGUCUUACCUAACCAAUCUAAAUAAUAAUAACAAAAAUUUUAAUAUACCCAAAUAAAUAGAUUAGACAUUACAUAUAUAUCUAAAAACACAUUUCUAACUAAAAGAACUUAAUAUUAUUUCUAAUAAAUAAUACAUAUAAAUGUCAAAAUAAUAUCUAUCCUAUACUAAAAGGAACUAAUAAAGCCUUCUAAAGCUGUCCAUGUCACUUAUUAAAUUUAGCCAAUCAGAACAUUUCAAUUAAAACUUUGGGCUUUUGUUUCUAAUGUAUCUAUAUUAAGUGAAAAAUGCCCAACGACAGUGGGUCAAAAGAGUGUUAUUAGCCCAGUUCGAAUAAAAAGCAAUUAGCCCAA